AUGGGAUGCAGGGGGACGAAGGCGGAGGUCCCCCGUCGCCCUCUUCGGGAGGGGAUGACUUCGGCGGUGGCGAUGACCCCGCCGAUAACAGCAGCAACAGCAACGACAGUAGUGGCCCCAGCGACGUCUCUUAACAACCACGACGGAGGCAGCAGCGAGCCACUCAGUGGCGACUAUGGUGAUGAGAGCAGCGGCGGGAGCGAGCCCGUCAGCAGCACAUCUUACCACGACGGCAGCAACGACGACGGUGACGGCAGCGAGGCCGUCGACCCCGGCAGCGAUGACGAUGGCGGCAGCGAGACAGGCGACCCCGGUGAGAACGAUGGUGACGGCAAUGAAGGCGGCGACCCUGAGACGCUCGAGGAGUUGAAGUACGACCCCGCCGACAGCCGCUACCCGUCAGGAACGGAAGGGAAGAAACUUCUUUGGGGAGCGUCGAGCGCCGGCCAGCUGCGCCAUGUGCUCCAGCCCGGCCGCACCCGGAAGCAGACCCGGGAGUUGCGGAGCUCCGAGGAAGAGCCGAGCGAGGCGCCAGCCCCCGAGGAGGCGCUGUUAUCAACCGUCCUGGAGACCGAGAACGGUCCGAAGAUCGUUGCGGAAUAUAUCCGCGAAUCGCUGUUAGAGGAGCGCAUGCAAGACGAGCAAGCGCACCGAGGGGCGGAAGGCAGGCCGAAACGAGAUGACGAGGUGGACAAGCCAGUGAGUGAGGCACUCGGGUGCCUGAUGUGGGUGGUGCAUACGAGGCCGGACAUCGCUCUGCCGUUGAACAAGAUCCAGAAGGUGGCUUACUCUCCCACCGACAGGAUAUGGCAGGCGCUUCUGAGGGUCAUGUCUUACCCCAACGCCACCAAGGACCUGAGCCUCACCUAUGUGCGGGGAUCAGGGCUAGAUCUAGGAGUGUGGGUCGAUGCCAGCUACGCCGACGACGUUGUUGACAGGCGUUCGACAACGGGACUAGCCGUAACCGUUGGUGGUAACACGGUGAACGGAACCACAAAGACGCAGCGUGUGCCGGCGCAGUCAUCCUCGGAGGCAGAGUAUCUAGCAGCCGGGGAGGGAAAGAAGGAGGCGUUGCAUGUGCGUGCGGUUCUGCCUUUAGUAGCGCCUGAGACGAGUGGGGCGAAGAUCAAGGUCCUUGAAGACAACAAGGGAGCUCUUGCCCUGGUGCAGAACCCCUUCAGCUCGGCGACGAGCAAGCACAUCGACGUGCGGUACCACUUUAUCCGCGAGCUCUUCAAGUCGGGGAAGAUCACCGCAGAGUAUGUUCCGACGGAAGAGCAGCACGCCGACAUGCUGACCAAGGUCCUUGGUAGGACCAAACUGGAGUACCACCGGAAGACCCUGAUGAACCUCCCGAAGUAG